GUCCGGCAACGUUGUCCUGCAAGAUGGCGGCGCCCUGCGUUGCUGCCAUGAAGAAAGAUUGCUGCGCAUUUUAAAGCGUCAUAAGUGCAAACUUAGUGGCGGGCGACGACGUCGCGCAGCGUUACCUCGUCCAUGUCUUUGUUCGCAAUUCUAGGUUUAAGUGAAGCGAAAUAAGUCGCGGGUAAUUUCAACAAGAUGCGGUACGCGCAGCUCGUCAUGGGUCCUGCUGGAAGCGGCAAGAGCACCUACUGCAGCACCAUCGCCAAGCAUUGCGAGGCCGUCGGCCGCACCGUGCACGUUGUCAACCUGGACCCGGCGGCCGAGUACUUCGACUACGACGUUUCGUUCGACAUCCGGACUCUGAUACACGUCGACGACGUCAUGGAAGACGAGGAGCUCAGGUUCGGUCCCAACGGGGCUCUCGUGUUCUGUUUCGAGUACCUGACCGAAAACGUGGAGUGGCUUCAGGAACAGCUCGGCGACGACAGCGACGACUACUUCCUCUUCGACUGCCCCGGCCAGAUCGAGCUCUACACUCACCUGGACGUCAUGAAGCGACUCAUCCGAACGCUCGAGACCUGGGAGUUCCGGGUGUGCGGCGUGUUUCUGAUCGACUCGCAGUUCUUGGUCGACACGUCCAAGUUCUUCUCGGGCGUCCUGUCGGCGCUCGCCGCCAUGGUCAACUUCGAGAUACCGCACGUGAACGUCAUAACCAAGAUGGACCUACUGAACAAGGCGGGACGCAGGAAAAUCGGCCGCUUCCUCGAACCCGACGCCAGCUUGCUGCUGGAAGACGAUAGGCUGGACGAGAGGAACGCGCGGCUCUCGGAGGCCAUUGCCAAGGUCGUCGAAGAGUACAGCCUCGUCAAGUUCAUGCCGCUGAACAUCAAGGUGGAGGAGAGCAUCGGCGAUCUGCUGCUCGUCAUAGACAACGCCAUCCAGUACGGUGAAGACUUGGACGUUAAGACGCACGACUUCGAUCAGGCGGAUCGAGACGGUGACGGUGACAUGCCCUACGGUCUGGUCGAUUGACGAGGCUCUGUGCAUAAGAAGACUGGCGCGCUCACCCUGUAACGUACAAUGGGUCGCUGGUGAAUGCAAUUCUUCAGUGUGAUUCCUUCUUGAAAUCAUGACACAAUCAUAAAUAUCGUACUUUUAAUAAGGUGUUCAGGUGCGCUCAUGUGCAACCUGCCAGCGCUACAUCAUGACGCUGAAAAACCAUCUUUUACAGCGUGCGAGGUAUGCACUUCAGCUGCCACUCAAACACUUCAUGAAGCAGCACAUUCAUUGUAUGGGGAAUUAAAUUAUGGCCUAAUCUUUUGGUUCUUCUUUUAUACGUAGAAGCGAUACUACGACUCGCUCACCAACUGCAGUGUUGUUUUCAUUGGCUAAGAAACAGUGCACACGUGGAAUAAUAGCUAAAAGAUGCAUGAUGAUUUGCACGUGUUUGCACUAUUGCUGUCUUUUAGCCAUCGUGCUUUAUAUUGCUUCAUUGGGCAUAUUAUUUCAAGGAGGCUUGCUUGGCAAUGACCAACAUAUUUAUGUGAUGCUGUUAAGUAUAAGCACUGCACUAUAAAUGGAAUUUUCAUUUUGUUUUAA